AAAAUGCGUCGUUCUUCGUUUAUUAUUUCCCCCAACUUUCUGUUUUUUUAUUUGCAUUCUUUCUUGAGAAAACCCAAAAACUCUUCUUCAAUGGCUUCGUCUUCUAUGUGUUGUUUCAGCGCUGCUCGACUGCCCUCAGCUCGAUCGAUCACUUCUCCGUCGCGUCUCUUCCCAGUCACUAGCUUCUCCCCUCGCUCACCACUACGAUCCCUCGUAUCUUCUUCCUCUGGCUCUCGCCUCCGAUUCUCUCCUCUCUGCGUGCGUGAUCCCAAAGCUCAAGUUACACAAAGUUCGUGGGAGAACUCGGUCCUGAAAAGCGAAACGCCAGUGCUAGUAGAAUUCUACACGAGCUGGUGCGGUCCAUGCAGGAUGGUCCACCGGAUAAUCAACGAAAUCGCAGGCGACUAUGCUGGAAAGCUAAACUGCUAUGUCUUGGAUGCAGACAGUGACUCCUUGGUGGCUGAAGAGUACGAGAUAAAGGCUGUACCUGUAGUUCUCCUCUUCAAGAACGGUGAGAAACGAGAGUCGAUCGUGGGUACAAUGCCCAAAGAGUUUUACAUUUCCGCCAUUGAAAGAGUCUUGAACUCGUGAAGAAGGUAACAUCAUUCAUUGAUGAGAAUUUCUCACUAGCACUUUGAUAUGGGUUAAUAUCUCAUUGGACGUGUCUUUUGUCUUGAGUCUGAACCUCUUUUGAGUUUUCUUUCUUCUUUUGUCUUCUGUGUAUAUAACUGUUGGAUUUGUGGAAAGAUGACUCGGGGAUUAUUGUGAAUACACACUUUCCAUCUUCAGUUUAUCUAAGUUUCCUUUCGUUUUCA